AUCCGCGAAUACCAAACUCGCUCAGAUUUCCAUGUGUUGGAUUUUUCAGUUUCGUCUUUAUUUUGAAGAAAUAAUGUUCCUACUACAAUUUUUUAAUUAAAUUGUGCAUAUUUUUCGAAAUUUUGUGGUGUCAAGAUUCUCAAUAAUAUUUGGUGCAAGUGUAAACAUGAAAGUUCAGGAACUCAAGAUGAUCUCCCACGAUAACAGUCACCUUAAGAAGAGCAAGAGAGACACGGUCCAGAAGAAACGGUCGGAUCCUGAGAGAAUCGUUGUUGAAAGGAAAACUCGUUCUAAUUUUAUGCCCAAAAUUGAUCCUGAACUUUUAAAUUUAACGAGUUCCAGCAGCAGCACCAGCAAAUCGUCCCGUUCGACUUCUUCUUUGUACUCGUCCCCCUCUUGCAAACUGUGCCUGCUCGACAACCCCACGUCCGACCCGACCCCAAUCCUGGGUCGCAGAAGGGUCGCCGCCGCCAAGAAAAAGGCCCGCGCCGCGACGAAAGGGCCGCUCUGGUUCGGCAUGAAGGCCCCCGAAAUGACGGAGGAGAGGAAGAACGACCUGGCGGCGAUGAAGCUGCGGGGGGCGCUGGACACGAAGUCCUUCUACAAACGCAACUCCUCCCUCGCCACCCACCCCAAACACUUCCAAAUCGGAAAAAUCGUCGAGACCAAGGCCGACUUUUACAACUCGAGACUCACAAAGAAACAGAGGAAGGCGACCAUUGCGGAAGAAUUUAUGGCAGAGCUGAACGGUUAGGUUUAAUUUGCAGGGGAAUUAAUUGGUUGGUUGAUUAAUUAAUUAUCCAUGUUUUAGUUAACUUUUGCUGGAGUGAGAUUUUAAAUCAUUUAACUUCGAGUAUUAUUUAAUAGAAAACUAAAUUUUACUUUGCUGUACAGAUUGUGAAGCGUUAAAUAUAUGUAAUUAAUAAAGUGUUCAUUGCGCCAUAUUAACAAUUUUUGUAAAUAAAUAAAUAACUCUGUUUAAACAUUUUUACCCCACAA